GAUUUUUUGCAAAUGUCAUAUUUCAUUUCAGCACCAAACCUGCAGCUUUCAGAUCGACUGAGGCCAUAAAUCUCCGCCGGGGUACCGGGGUGAAGCGGGGCUGCGGGUCCCAGCUCCCCUCCGCUCCUCCUCGCAUGUUAGAAACAAAGGCUCCGCGUGUUCCUCCUCACUUUCACACGCGGAGCUGCAGAUACAUUUUCAUCUGAUCUGAUCGAUACGAUCGAUAAAGCCGCAGCCGAUCACUUUCAUCUGAGUGUCCCCUGAGUGCAGAGCUCUGCCUCACUCACACUCUCUCUCACACACACACACACUCCACACACAGACAGAAGUGCGCGCGCCGCGGCAUUACCGGGUUGUACUUGUGAAACUGCGCGCGGAGGAUCGAUGCUUUUCUCUCUGAUCGAUCAGCGGAGUGUGAUCAGUUGGAGCUCUGCGGGGUCAGUGCUCUCAGUCCGCGGCUGAACACUGCAACGAGGUCCGGCUUUUGAAGAGCGAAGGUCCCGGAUCAGCGGAACGGCUGGAGGAGGCGGCGCUGCCCUCCGCGCCCGGGACAGCACCGACUCUCCCCUCGUCCUCUCCAGCGCCUCUGCCGGGGAUACGUGAACUGAAAGCCGCCGUCGGCUCAGAGGCGAGGCGGCCGUCCGGCAGCUGAGGGAGCCAGUUCCUCAGGUCGCUCUUCCCGGGACUCCGCUGACACCUCCGCCGCUGCCGCGCCCUCCGUCCCGAGCACCGGAGAACUGCAACACCGCACGCCGGCCACAGCGCACCGCGGGGCGGACGGACAUGUUGCUGCGGGCCGCCUCAGCUCGCGGCUCCCCGGCGCUUUAACAUGCAGUUUGGGAACAGCGCGGAGCUUCCCACCGUCCACCAGCACCGGCCGGUCCCGCCUCAGCCCACCGCCGCGGCGCCCCGCCGGACUCUGUGAUUUCUUCUUCUGCUGCUUUUCCAACGGAACUCCUCCCGGAGAUGUGGAUCUGGUCUGGGCUGAAAGUUGUGCGCUCCCCGGCGGAGGGCCUCCACAGGUCCGGUCGGUCCAUGUAACCCGAAGCGGGGUCGAAGUUCAGCGCUGCUCGGAAAUGUGAACGCGAAGGGGGCGAAAGGAGGGCUCCAUUUACCCCUCACUCCUUUUUCUGUUCUUUCCUUUUUCUCACACACAUACUACGCACUCACGCACGCACGCACGCACACUCCCGCUGGCUGGAGUCAGUCACCCCCCCACACAUAAACACACACGCACCUUCCAGAUCUAAGAUUAGAUCCGACAGAUAUGUAUUCUCCGCUAUGCCUCACACAGGAUGAAUUCCAUCCGUUUAUCGAAGCCCUGCUGCCCCACGUCCGGGCCUUCGCCUACACCUGGUUUAACCUGCAGGCCCGCAAGAGGAAGUACUUCAAGAAGCACGAGAAGCGCAUGUCCAAGGAGGAGGAGCGCGCCGUGAAGGACGAGCUGCUCAGCGAGAAGCCCGAGGUCAAGCAGAAGUGGGCGUCCCGCCUCCUGGCCAAACUGCGCAAGGACAUCCGGCCCGAGUUCAGGGAGGACUUUGUGCUGACGGUGACGGGGAAGAAGCCGCCGUGCUGCGUGCUGUCCAACCCCGACCAAAAGGGCAAGAUGAGGAGGAUCGACUGCCUGCGGCAGGCGGACAAAGUGUGGAGGCUGGACCUGGUCAUGGUGAUUUUAUUCAAAGGGAUUCCCCUGGAGAGCACGGACGGGGAGAGGCUGGUCAAGUCCCCGCAGUGCUCCAACCCCAGCCUGUGCGUGCAGCCGCACCACAUCGGAGUCUCAGUCAAGGAGCUGGACCUCUACCUGGCCUACUUCGUGCACUCAGAAUCCGGUCAACCAGAAAGCCCAAACCAGGCCAGCGAUUCAGACAUCAAGGAGCAGCCAGAGAAUGGUCACCUGGGCUUUCAGGACAGCUUCGUCACCCCUGGAGUGUUCACCGUGGCAGAGCUCGUGCGAGUCUCUCAGACCCCCAUCGCAGCUGGGACCGGGCCAAACUUCUCACUGGCCGAUCUGGACAGCUCCUCCUACUACAGCAUGAGUCCGGGAGCCAUGAGGAGACCGCUGCCCAGCACCUCCUCCUCCAGCUCUGCCAAGAGGAUAAAAUGCAUGGAGGAGGACGUGGACAGUCCUGGCGAGGAGUCCUACUACCCCGGUCAAGGUCGCUCCCCUGGUAGCGGCAGUCAGGCCAGCAGCUGGCACGACGUGGAGCCAGGGAUGCCGUCUCCCCCCAGCACUCUAAAGACUUCUGGGAGAUCUGGUUUCUGCAGCCAUGCCCCGUCACCAAGCGGCUCCUCUUCCUCCUCCUGCUCUUCCUCCCCUCGAAUGGCUUUCACACAGCAGCGGCCCGUCAUUGCUGGGCCUCGAGCGAGCCCUCACGCGCCCCCCUCCAGCCUCCACUUCUCUUCCUCCCCCAUCCUGCAACAGCCGGGCUCCUAUUUCUCCCACCCAGCCAUCAGGUAUCACCCACAGGAGACGCUCAAGGAGUUCGUCCAGCUGGUCUGCCCUGACUCCGCCCAGCAGGCCGGACAGGUGGGCUUCCUCAAUCCUAACGGUAGCUCACAGGGGAAAGUCCACAACCCCUUCCUGCCGACGCCCAUGCUGCCUCCUCCUCCGCCGCCCCCCAUGGCUCGUCCUGUCCCGCUGCCUGUUGACGCCAAGCCACCCUCCACCUCAUCCACUGAGGGUGGAGGCAACUCCCCCACCUCCCCCACCUACUCCACCCCCACCACGUCUCCAGCUCAGCGGUUCGUCAGCGUCGGGCCUCGGGACCCCGGCUUUAACAUCCCUCAACAACCACAGUGGUACCUGGGAUAAGGACCCUUGACGUGCCCCCACCUCCCUGUGCAACAUGCCGCUGCAGUCUCCUUCUCCACCUCUGACCUUCGAUGCCAGCUGUGACUGAAAAGCCCCGUCUCACCUGUCCGUUACCCCCCCACCUAUCCCAGCGCCAGACUGCAGCAUCAGCAUGGCUCCAGCGGCUCCAGCGCCCCCCCGCUGUUCCACCUCCAUCCUAAUGAGUCUGUCCCAGACUUCCCUACAGACGUACGGAUCCCAUGUCAGUGUAGUGACAGACCCAGAACCCACCCCUUAACCCCCACCAACCAGACCACAGACCCCCCCACACACACAAAUAAACCCUUAUUACACUGGAUCAGCAGCUUCUGGAAACAGACCAGUGCGUGAUGGGAGGGGCUGAGCACCCCCAGCCUGCUUUUACAGGAACUACACCUGACCUUAUCGUGGGAUGGUCCGGGGCGGGGGGGUCAGAUGAACAUAUUCACCGGUGGAGUAUUAAAGUGAUUAAUUUAUUUUACUGAAGCAGGAAGGGGGGGUGGAUGGUAAGAAGCGUUGCAGCUGGACACUGGUUGUAUGGAGGCUCAUUGCUUUUUCCUCUCUGCCACCAUUUCAGUAACCCCCCCAUCCUCCUCUGUCCAUCCUCCAGUUCGGGGCAGAUUCAGAGCGCCACACAGCGUUGGGCGGGGGGGUUUUCUGGGGUCAGCAGCGAAGCAGGCAAGAGAGGACGAACAACUUUACUGGAAGAAUAUGGAUCACGAGGAAAGUGCAAUUCUGUGGGGGGAGGGGGUGUUUGUGCGAAAGCGCGCUGUUGAAAAGUAAAUCCACAAAAAUGUUUCUUCCAAGUCCACUCACACCUCUGGGACUCUAAAAUACUGGGGUACAAAAGACAUCAACAGCAUUGUGGGAAAAACGAGGAUCUGUACUCACUUUUGUUGUUUAUUUUUUGUUGUUUGUUCAUCUUGUAAAGCUGUUAGUUUGAUAGAAGAAUCCCUUUAAUAUCAUUUUAAACAAUCGUUUUUGUUUUUUAAAGCAGCCAAAAGUUUUUAUUUAGUUUAAAACAAACAAAAAAAAAGACGCAAAGCGAUUAAUUUAUUUUACCAAGCACUUCCUGUUUGUUCUAAAACUGUUUUUUAGCUUCCUGCUGGACAGAUAAUCCGCCCGGAAACAGGCUGCCCUGUGAUUGGUCUGGCCUCCUUGAAGCCCCUCCAAUCCCAGCAUUUCGUUCUGCACUUAUCCAAUGGGCUGUGAGAGUGAAAUCAGGGGGUGUGGCUUAGUGAAGAAGAGGCAGAGCGAACCUGAGUUUGUUUUUCAGAAAAACCACAAUCCUCCUCCGACGAAAAUGACUAAAAUAUCUGCAUGUUCUAGUGUUAGUGACAGUUUGACAUAGAUUAUGUAGUUAGUGAGAUGAAGACACUAAAUAUGAAAACCCAACAUCGGGCACCCCCAACCCCACCCCCCCCAGCAGCAUCACAGUUUCUCCAUUACUCCUCCUCACCCCCUCCUCGUCUUACUCAGCCCCACUCUUCAUCUGUGGGACGUCUAGAUAUAAAAUCAACUGCCCCAACUCCAGACUUACGGGGGUUCAAUCAUUUUGCGAAAUUUAAGAGUUUGUGGAGCAGGGAUCUCACCGGUUCAGACGCUGGGUGCUGAGCAGAUGCCCCCCACCCCCAUAUCUUGAGGGAGGGGGGUCACAGGUACAUUUUCUAGACAAUCCUUACUUGACAUCGGUGGUUUCGAUCCACAGACGGCCCAAAACCAGAGCUGUGACUGAAACGAGCUUCCUCUCUGCUGAGUAAGUCCCUCCCCCUCAUGUCCUUCCUCACAUCUGAUUGGUGACGUUUUUCGUCAUCUGCUGCUGUGACCUUCAACCUACAGGAAGUUCUCCUCACGUCUUCCUGUUGUUACUUCUGUUCCGAUCUCGUUACGAGUCAGGAGGAUGCCGAAUAUGCAAAAAACCCGCUUGCACUCCUCCGCUUCACUAUUUUCUUUCCUCAACAGAAGCUAAAGUGCAUGUUACACCGUGCACAUUGGUGCCAUGCACUUUACUGUCGUGCACGUUUAAGCUGUGCACGUUACUGCUGUGCACAUUACUGCCGUCCACACCCGGCUUUGAGCUUUCCUCUGCGAACAGCUGCAAAACGUUCCUACGUUUCGUUAGGAGCAAGUGGCGGCGGCGGCGUGGUGCUGUGCCGGUUUACCACUCCCCUCUCCUCGUGUCUGCCCCUUCCUCCCCCCUCCCCAGCCGUGAUUUGGGCAUUAAUAUUCUGCACUAAAUGUGAAUUCAACAAGUUUCAACUGCAGCUUCCAGGGCUCAAAACAAUGAAGGGAAUUUUAAAAAGUUGCACGGACAAUUUUGUCAUAAAAUAAAUUGAAAAAAAAAAAAACUUGUGAAGCAGCCGAGCACCUAAUCAGCGCCUCGAGCCUGUGAGCAAGAACUCCAGAGAAUUGCACCGUUUUUAAGGAAACAAAAGAGUCUGAAAGCAAUAUUUGUGCUGCGAGUUUAGUUCCUGUGAGCUUCAGUUUGAGCGGCCUGGCCUCCGCUCCUCUGUGUUGUAUAGUUUUAUUGAUUACACUGAUUUUAAAGCUGCCCUAUUUUAUAAUGCAGGAAUUUUGUAACUAUGAUGAAAUGAGGAAAAACUCGUGUUGUGAACUUUCUGAUUUUUAGAACCUGGUCUGCUUUGUUUUCUGGGAACUGGAUUUAAGUUGAAAACUUUCCUGUUUCCUCCUUUUUCUUUCCUUUUCUAUGUAUUUAAGGACUUUUCCUCUGUUGGUGAUUUGAGCGUAUUCCUGCCUCCGUACAGUAGAGGGCGCUGUGGUGACAGAUCGCUGUAAAUGUCUCAGUUUGCUGUUUGUUCCUGAAGGUUUGGAUGAAUCUAGUGACUUUGAGGAAGCUCUGGUUUUUCUUCAGGAGCUCGGCAGCCACGGCGCCACCUGCAGGCUCUGAGUAGAAAAGCAUUCUGGCAUCAUCUUUUGUGUUCACCAUUCCAUGCAGGAAAUAAACGGCUUAAUUAUGCAACAUGA